AUUUUUCAUGUUAGUAACAUCCCUAAAACUGCUGUGCUAUCAAAAUCAUUGGCAACACCGGCCUCAGCCUUGUAAUAUGGCCGCUACAGGCAAGAAGUCAAAGAAGACAAAAUGGGUGAAAGCCAGCGUCACAAACUUUAUAGCGGACACCACAGUCAUUCCUGCCACAAACAAUUGGGCAGACUCUGUAGAUGAAGAAACCAGCACAUACUCAUCAUAUGCGUCGUCCCGGCCUCGCCCGCCCGUGGUGCUGCCCUCAGCAUCGCGGGCGGCGCGAGGGGACCUCGGCGUCGAUGAUGAAUCCAUUCCCCGUCGCCCACCCUACAUAGCACAUAUUUCCAAUUUGCCUUAUGAUGUUGAUGAGAGUGCAAUCAUGGAGUUAUUCGCAGGACUAAAGAUAAACAAUUUGAGACUUCCAAGAGAAGGUGAACGAUUAAAAGGUUUUGGAAAUGUAGAAUUUGAGGACCGAGAGAGUCUUGUCAGUGCCAUGAACAUGCCUGAUUUAACUGUUGGUGGAAGGAGAAUAAGAAUAGAAGUAUCUAAUCAGGACAAUGAUCGCCGGAUGGGAAGGAACAAUAGAGGAGAUAGAGACAGGGAAUAUGAUCCAGAGCGCACUAUGGGUGAUUGGAGGUCAGGCCCCCGAGCCGUACCUGACUCCAGCUCGCGUGCGCGGCCUAUGGAGCGAGAUGGAAUGCGCGAUCGCGACAGAGAUCGUGAAAGAGAGUCUAGCACUGAUAACAAGCCGGGCGCGUGGCGCGAUGCGGAGCGCGCCGAGCCGCCACGAGCGCCGUACGGCGGCCGAGACUCUUACGGACGCGACAGAGAACGUGAACGUGGGUAUGGAGGUCGUGAUGGAUUCCGAACUGCAGAGAGGGAUGGUGGUGGCUUUGGUGGCCGUGAAAGCAGAGGGUUUGGAAGUAGAGGGUUUGGCGAUCGAGAUCGUGAUCCACCCAGAGAAGCAGACAGCAAGCCGCGUGAGCGCCCGAAGUUGAAUUUACUGCCCAGAACUGUACCCAGAGAGGUAGAGACUCCUACUAAACCAGCUGAUGGUGCACCCAUAGAAAAAAUUGAUAGCAAACCAGCACCAAAGCCAGUGUCCGCUGAAAAAGUUUUCGGCGCCGCCAAACCUGUGGACACUGCAGCAAAGGAAAGAGAAAUAGAAGAACGCCUACGUAAGCAAGAAGAAGAAAACAGACGUGCAGCAGAAGAAAAGGAAAGAUGGAGUCGUCGGAAUGAUCAUUCAGAUGACCGACGAAGUGGCGCAAGACGAGAUGAUCGAGACCGCGGGUAUCGCAGCAACUACAAGGAUCGCCGCGACUACUCCCGAGACGACAAGGACAAGCGCGAUUACUCUAAAGAAGACAGGGAUAGAAACAGCUCCCGCGACAGUAGAGAUCGUCGCGAGAGCCACGAUCGGGAGGAGGGGGACCGGCGCGACAACAGCCGGCGGCGGGACGACGAUGAUGACCGGCGCGACAACCACGACAGGGACGAGCGGCCGGAGUCCCGGGACAGGGAGCGGGACCGCCGCUCGCCCAGCCCCAAGAAGGAGCAAAAUGGCCGCGAGAGCCGCUCUCGCGACCGCCGCGAUGUCGACGAGCGACCGCUGCCCAAACUGAAGGAACAGGAAAAACCGAACUUUGUUGCAUCAAACAAAUUUAGCUUCCUAGAUGCUGAUGAUGUUUCCGAAUAACACAUCCUGAAUACAGUGCUUCAUAAUAUUACAGUGUCCAUUUGACAGUGGCUUGUGUAAAGUGUAAAUUACAGUAAAGUGUCUGUAGCAUAGCAGUUUUUGCUGCAAAAUAUGCUAGAACUGCGAUAGUGUUAGUGUGGAGCGGUGUUUGUGUUGUCUAGAUUUGUAAAUGCUCACACUGCUGCGAGGCAUGCCCCAGUCUUUAUUGUGCUAUCU